AGUUACAGAUUAUACAUGAACAAUUAAUGUGUCACUGACAUCUGCGGGCUGCAGCGUAAAUUUAACAACACAGUCGUGUCACUACUGGCAAUGUCACUGUCAUGGCGCUCAAUGAAAAAUUAGCGCGCAACUCCUUUCAUCGAUCGCGAAUUUUUCUAUUUUUAUGUAGAUAAAAUGCCUGAAACAAUAAUUCAAAGUGCUAUUUCGGGAGAGUUAGAUUGGGAUUUAUUAUCUAAAUGGUUAAAUAAUGAGUCAAUUGAGGCUGCACCGGAAGACUGUAUCUUAUUUUGUUCUAAUAGAAAUGAAUUUGUUGGAUUCUUUCUGUCGUACCUCAGGAAUCAGACUGAGAGCAUAUUACAGACAAACAGCAAUGCCUUGUCGAUCCCACAACACCAAGGUACACCUGAGAAAUCCCUUGGUCAACGCAAACACCACAGAUCAGUUAGUGAACCAACGUGUGACAAUGAAAAUUCCAAUGACAGUCUCAUAGUAAAAUCUGACAGAAAAACACACGAAUCUCCAAAUAGGGAGAGAAAGAAACCUGGUCGACGAGUCAAAACGAAGCUGUUCCCGGAGGAUAAAAAAGAACAUAAUGUGUCUUUAUCGUCUGAUGAAUCAAGACUCAGCACCGGGGUUGAGAGACUCAUCAUAUCGAGUACUCCAUUGAAAAAUACCUUCAAACCAGAUUACUCCAAUUUACCUUCGAGUAGCCCUGUCACACCUCAAUCAAGAUCGUUCAAAGAAUUCGAAAGGUGUGACACUCCACGCAUCAGUAGGCAUUCCAGGUCUCAGGAGAAGAGUGUCAGCUUAGCGGAUUACUUAGUCAAUGUCCAAUCAAAAAGUUCGAAAAAGAGACGGUCGAAAAAUACGUCGAAUGACGACAGCGAAACGAAAAUGGACCUGGAUUUGAGCAAUUCGGAAAUAUUUCCCGAAAUCGGUGCAAGGAAGUCCAGUUCGCUGAAGUCUGAACGACGCAGAAUCAAACCGACGAAUAUCGAUAGAAGCAAAAAAAGCUGCUCGUUAAAUAGCUUCACAUCUGAGACGUUUCAGCAACCAUCGCCUCUAGCGCUCGAGGAAAACUUAGCCUUCAAACCGAAAUUACAGCCUAAGGAGCUGUCGAACGGCAUCGAGGUCGAGCGUAAUAUUUUAAAGCAGGAAAGACAGAAAUUGAUGGAGAAAUUUAACGUUCUGAACACGUCACUAUCACCAAAAGUUACAACGCCACAGAUAAAAGUAACCCAGAAAGAUUUAUCUGAAAGAAGUUUAAGUUAUGUCGAGGCUGAUCAGAGUAAAAUCGCAUUUAUUGAAAAGAUCGAUAUAUUAAUUGAUAUUUAUAAUGUUUUACUAAAUAAUAAUUUAAUAUUAAGCAUAAAUACGGAAAUAUAUUUCUUAAUAACGAUCCUGUUGUCGAAACAGUUGGACGAAGACUGUAAGAUUUCUGAAUCUCAAUUACAGAAUAAUUUGUACGAAUCGAUUUUAAAACCAAUUCACAAUAGCACGUAUUUCGCCGUGAAAUCAUUAUGGCAUCAACGGGCAACGUUAGAAGUGAUACUAGACAAGAAUUCACUAAAAACACUCGGCGAAAAUAAGAAAGUACGAAGUUUCUACCCGGACUUGGCGAAGUUUCUCCUAAACUCGUACGGGUUGAAGUGCGAGGCGGAGUCCAACAGCGACAGGUCCAAAACGAGCGAGAGUACAGGCUCGAACGGCAUGGUUUGCUUCAACCACGAGACGGAUAAUUCAGAAAACUUCCCAUCGAUACUGAGUUUCCAAAAUUUCAAAAAGCAAAGGGACAUGUUUUACGACAUAUUGAGGUGGUACGCGUCGGGCGGCGGCGGCGCGGCGCUGCGCACGCGCACGCGCGCGCUGCUGGCGCUGGCGGCGCGCGCGCACAACCACGCGCACCUGGCCGCGCUGCUCACGCGCCUGCUGCUCGACGCGCCCGCGCCGGAGUCGAAGCUGAGUAAACUCCGGCGCCGGCUGACGUGCCCGUCGGCGACCGAGUCUCAUCGCUUCCCGCGUUUCUCCGAUAAGGAAAUGUUUUACAAAGAAUUUAUAAUGUACGCAGAGAACGAGAGCUUCAGGGUGCAUUUGAAAGACGCGCUCGCUUCAGAAAUAUUGACCCUGGACACGACGGGCAUUAGCAACGAGUCUUCAAAUAGGGCUGACCUUACAAGGGAGUAUCUAGUUUUAUCUAAAAAGUUAUGUCUUCUGUCCAAAUUCCUUGGAUACUUAACAUCGUUACCCUACGUACAGACGUCCGUAGAUAUUCUGUUGAAAAGUGGAACUCAGCGCGGUGAUAAUUACAUGGAAGACAUAUUUGCAGCGCCGAAGGAGAAAAUUUUGGAAAAUUGCAUCGCGUUACGGAAUUAUAGCCAACCUACCAUAGAUUUGAAUGGAAUUUUAAGAACAGCCAUAGAGAAUGGCAGAAUGACAAUAACUAUACCAUGGAUAGUGCACUAUUUGUCGAUGCUCGACUACACCACGCUACGGGUUCAAUACUAUCAAAACCUUCUCAAUCUACUCUUCUAUAUUUACGAAAAAGUAUUAAAAUACAACGAAUUUAUGAAGAAGAACACCGUCAUAUACAUGAAAUCGAUUCUCGGCUGGCUAUUCGACUUGCCGCAUUUCCCCCAGGAGUUUUUUAGCCACAAACGAGAUGCCACGCUCAGCGUCGCGAGAGAUGGGUUCGAUUCGUGUGACUUGAUCGACGAAUCGAUUCUAUUCGAGCUCUGCCCCUUCCUGAAGGACGUCAACGUGCUGCUCUCCACGUCGCGAGUCAAUCCCGAGAAGGAGAGCUUCAGACACAUAACGCCCGUCAGGCUGACCCUGAACACGGAAGACAGGAUACGGAACAAGGAGAAGGAGCUGCAGUCUCGCCUCGAGGAGGAGCUGCUCCGCAGCCAGCCGUCGUCCAGCCGGCGCGUGCUGGAGCUGGUGACCGAGCGAGUGUGCUCCGCCGCCGUGCGCGAGCUCGCCGCCGCGCUGGCCGCCGCCCGCAGCGCCGCGCGCGCCGCCGCCGCCGGCCUCGUCGCGCAGCACGCCGCGCGGGCCACCCUCAUUCCCGCGCUGCAAGCAAUGUACGCAGAGCACCUGGACAGGCUCCGCUCUGAGGCCCUGGAGUCCUGCAAGACCCUCGCCCGCAGUCGGAUCUCGUCCGCGCUGACGGCGCUGCUGCCCAUGUCGCCCGCGCCGCUGCACGCCGUGGCCACUAGGACCUGCUACAACAGGCUGAGCAAGUGGAUUAAUGACCACUGGAACACCACGGCCGUGCUGUGCAAGGACAUAGAGCAGGAGGCGUGGUCGCUGCGCGUGUCGCCCGACUCCCCCCCCGCGCUGCCGGCGCCCCCUGCCGACCUGCGCGACCUGUGCAGCCCCGCCGCCGCGCUCAUCGCACUCAAGGAACAGACCUGCCUGCUGCUCGACGGCGAAGACAUCCCGCCCCCCCGCGCGGUGCUGCGCGCCUGCGCCGCCUGCUGCUCGCCCGCCAACGUGUUCAGCCGCCCACCCACGCAGAGAGCCAUCCUGCAGAUGUCCAUUGACUUCUGUAUUGUUUAUGUGAGCAGGAAGACGAUGAAAAUAAUGGAGGUGUUGCCCGACCUGCACGAGCUGUGGAACACGUGCUGUCCGGACCGGCCUCAACACGACGAGGGGCCCGAGUCCCCCGAGCGACGACCGGACCUCUCGCCCACGGAUGACUACGACGACAGGGCCCCCACCCCGCAAUCUGAUGAAGACGGGAAGACUGCAGAAGUUAUCGCCCCCCCGGCGCGGCUGGACACACGCACGGAGCCCCGCUCGGAGAGCGAGGCGCUGCUGGAGCUGUUCUCGCGCGUGGUGUGCGCGCGCAACGUGCGCGUGCUGGGGGCGCGGGGGCCGGCGUGGGCGGCGCUGGCGCGCGUGCUGCUGUUCCUGCUGGCGGAGCGCUACCUGGCGCCCGGCGCGCUGGCCGAGACCUGCCUGGCGCUCUACUCGCAGGACUGGCCGCAGGAUGUGCUGACGAAUCUCUCGACGUGCAUGAAGACGGUCUCGGCGGGCUGGUCGAGCUCGUCGGGGGGCAAGUUCACGCUGUUCUUGGACUUCCUGGCGGACUACUGUAACGAUAUGGACUUCGAGAUAAUCGAGUAGUGAACUGAAAUCGAUUCGGUACGUUUUAAAAUCGAUUUUACUAAAUUAACGUUUAGAAAUUUAGUGUAAAUAUAUAACGAAUAAAUGUUAAUUAUUAAACAGUUCAAAAAUAUUUCUUUUAUAAUAAUUAUAAUAAUCGUUUGAUGUUUUUGCCUGUCUUUCAAAUAAUCAUUUUAAAUCAAAUGACUUUUAUUGUUUAUUUAAAAUUCGUAAAUAUAAACAAAGUAGAUUUACAUAUAAAAUCGCGUCGCUAGUAGCUCGCUAUAUUAUGCACUACAAACAGUUCUCGGUUAACAACUGGUAUUUCAACGAUGAAAAUUAUAAUUCUGUUCAUUGAGUAUGUGACGUGAUAUUUUGAGACAUAUGGGAGUCCUUCCUGCCUUUAAAGAUGAAAUUUCGUAUUAUUUCGAAUGCUAACGUUAUAGAAUAAGCAUUCGUUUCAAAUUUCAGCUUCCUAGACUCGGUAGUUUUCUGUGCGUUAAGAGUCAGUCAGGAUCUAUAGAUGUUUAAAUAUUUAGUGCCCCGCCACACGUAUGCUAUUUUUAUCUUCGAAAGGACUUAAAAAGGAAUUAAUAUAUAUUAGUAGUAAAUCUGUGUUUUUAGAAUAUUGCUCAUAAUAAUUUUGAAAAGUUUUAAAUAUUUUGCUUAAGUAAACAAAAUGGAAGGAAUACUCUAUGAGGAAUUUUGUAGGAUUUUUAGAAGUUUUUAAAUAUAUUUAGGGAAUAAAUUGAUAAACUAAUAGCAACACCAAUUCGAAUGUCUUAUAGUUAUAUAAUGGGUAGGUAAUUAAAAUGGACACCCGAUAGUGUGUGGUCACCUUUUGUUGUGAA